UUAUGAAUGGAUAGAUAACAUUUUUCCCCCAAAAAGAUGGACAAAGCUCGAAAAAGUAUUGGGUCGGGUCGGGUCUGCAACCAAGGCAGCCUACAACAAAAAUCCCCACAGUAUGGACGUCGUUUGAGCGGAGUCAAACCGGCGACCCUCCACUAUAAAUACCUCAAACAAAAAUCCGCCGCAAAUUAACAGAUCCAAAACCUGUAGACGCAAAUUAGCAGCAGACGCCUAUGGCGACAGAACGUCCUCUUGUCACCGCAACUUCAAUUCCGCAAGAGAAGCGGAACCGUUCCAUCUUCAACGUCCCAGCGAGCUUCUUCGAUGCAUGUUGCUUACUCUCUCCCUCUGCAACUUCAGUAUCUGAUACCUUUGAGAGAUCUGAGAAUUCUACUAUCGCUAAAACCCUCGACGACGAAACCGACGAUAAAGAAGAUAAAAUUUACAAAAACGACGCCCCAAUACCUAGAUUAACCUGUAACACCUGUAAAGCCGAAUUCGAAUCGCUUCAGGACCAGCGUUCUCAUUUCAAAUCCGAUAUUCACCGAAUCAAUGUUAAGUUAAGCAUUGCAGGGAAGGACAUAGUAAAUGAGGAAGAUUUAGAUGACUUCACAUCAGAUAAUUUUAAAGAUUAUGACAUAUCAAGUAUAUCAGGAUCAGAAGAUGAAGCUGAUAAAGCAUUCUUACCUGGUAAUGAUGUAAAAAAGGGAUCAAUUGAAAGUGUUAAACAGAAGCUGUUUAUCUGUCUUCGCACAGGAGAAAGAGUUUCAAUUUGGAAGUGUGCGCUUUUAAAUGACUUCGAAAGUGUAAGUUAUGAGAAUGAUAAAGAAGUUCCCUUGCAAUGUUUGAAGGAAAAUGAAGUGAUUGAAAGAUUGAAUUUUUUGAUCCAUGAGCCUAGAGAUAAGACGCGCUUGAGGAUUGUAUUGCUUGCUAGCGGGGGACACUUUGCUGGCUGUGUCUUUGAUGGUAACUCAGUUAUGGUUCACAAAACAUUCCACAGAUACGUCGUAAGGGCCAAAGCUGGUAAAAAACAGUCAUCAAAAGACGGAAGUGGUAGGGCUGCACAUUCUGCUGGGGCUUCACUUCGUCGUUAUAAUGAACUAGCUUUAAAGAAGGAUAUUCAAGAACUACUUGCUGCUUGGAAGCCUUAUUUUGAUGCUUCCACUUCUGUUUUCAUUCAUGCCCCUUCAAGCAAUCGUCAACUCCUCUUUGAUGGAGAUAAAGCAUAUUUUAGCCACCAGCAUUGUUUUGUUCGAAAUGUACCAUUGAGUGUCCGAAGGCCUACUCUGAAAGAAGCCCGGCGUAUUUAUAACCAACUGACACAGGUUGCCUAUGAAGCAGAUGAAAAGGAAUUCCGAUCAGCCACCAAAGAGGGCUUCAGUUUAAGUGAAAUCCCUGCUACUGAUAGCAUCCAAGACUCGAAAAGAGAGGACUUGAAGGAUUGUGUUGAUCGUAGGGAUACUUCUGAAGCUUCUACAAGUCAUGAAAACUCUCAUGAACUGAUUAUACCAAGUGAAGGUGAAAGUGAAGUAAUUGGCAUAACAACACCUUUGCAUGAAGCAGCACAGUCUGAUGAUGCUCAUAAAGUUUUGGAACUCUUAGAACAGGGAUUAGAUCCUGCUGUUAAGGAUGAAAAGGGAUGGACCCCCUAUAUGUUAGCAAAUGAGAAGGAAGUUAGAAAUACUUUCAGGCGCUUUAUGGCCUCAAAUCAUGAUAGGUGGGACUGGCAUGCUGCUAAAGUGCCUAGUGCAUUGACAAAAGAAAUGGAGGAAUCUCAAGCUGCUAAGCAGGCUGAGAAAGAUGCCAAGAAGAAAGCAAGAGCAAAAGAAUUGAAGAAAUUGCGUAAAGCCAAAGAGAAGGCUCAGGCUCAGGCUGCCUUAUCACAGAAUUCUAUGGCAGCAUCCACAGGGCAUUGUACCGCGCCAACUUCAGCUAGCAAGGGACAGCCUCAGCCUAGUGGAAGAUUGCAACUUUCUAAAGAGGAGGAAUUGGAGAGGGCACAGGCUGCCGAGAGGGAAAAGAGAGCAGCUGCUGCAGAGAGGAGAAUGGCUGCGGCUCUGAAUUCCCAAGGCACUGGCACAACCAGUGCUGCUAAAAGUGGGUUGGCAACUGAUAUGAACUGCUCCUGUUGUAAUGCAUCAUUGGCUGGUAAAAUUCCAUUCCAUCGGUAUAAUUACAAAUAUUGCAGCACGACAUGUAUGCAUGUACACAGAGAGGUCCUCGAGGAUGGAUAACAUAAAAGAAAUACUGUCAGCUCAGUUUGUAUUCUGUAUUUAUUAUUUUUGGGUUCUAUUUAUAAUUUCUUGAAGAGAUUCCAUAUAAACAACUUUACUCACCUUUCUUUUAGCUUCUUUUUCCAAUUAUUUUUCUCCAAAUUUGGUAAGGAGUUUCACA